AUGCAGGAGCCAGUGGCUGGUGAUGUGAGCACAGUCCUUCCCUCAUUCCCAUCCCAGGCCAGCCUCGCUGCUGAUUCGUACUGUAUACAACGCGUCAUUGCUGAGGAUCCUGAGUGGUCCCUCGCCAUUGUCCCACAGCUCACUGAGCUCUGCCUCCAGCACAUCAUUUGCAAUUUUGAAAAGAACCCUAUUAUGGACCGUCUUCUGCCUGAGCACCAAAGGAAGGUGCUGGACAAGCUCUCCACUGGACUUCCACUCACUGUGACUGCCAACCUAAUACACGAUGAGGACUACUGGAAGAGGUGCUGCACUCAGCGCUGGCAAGUGUGUGACGUCUCCAACUAUGGAGACAGCUGGAAGCGGAUGUUCUUUGAACGUCACCUGGAGAACAUCCUGAAAUGUUUCAUCCCUAACAUCACGGACCCCAACCAGGUCCUGGAGCUCAUCCCGCUCUGCAAAGAGUACGUGUGGAAACUGGAGGUUGAUCAGUUCCUGCCACCAGUGACGCUGGAUCAAAAGGAGGAAGAAGACAACUUCUCUGAUUCAGGGAGUGAUUUGGGGCUCAGUGAAGUCUCCAUGCAUCACUAUGACCUGGGAGUCCUCAUUACUGCUCUCCCUCAUCUUGAAGAGCUUAAUCUUACUUAUGGUGUGAAGGACUGUGGUAUGAACUUCGAGUGGAACCUCUUUAACUUCACCCACCAGGACUGUUACAACCUGGCUGUCGCCUUGAAGAAAUGCCACAACUUGAAAAUUUUAAAGCUGACACGCAGCAAAGUGGAUGAUGACAAGGCCAGGCUGCUGAUCCAGAACUUGCUGGAUCACCCCUGUUUGUUGGAGCUGAACUUGUCCCACAAUCUCCUCGGGGACAAGGGGGCACGUGCUGUUGGCAAGUUGAUCAACCGCAGCAAAUUAGAAAUCCUUGAUCUGUGUAACAACCAGAUCCGUCACCUGGGAGCUCAGGCUCUUGCUCGAGCCCUGGCCAGUAACUCCACCCUGACAUCCCUGAAUCUGCGUCUCAACUGCGUGGAGGAUGAAGGCGGGCAGGCAAUCGGCCGUGCCUUGCUGACCAACACCACUCUGAAGUCUAUCCAUCUGGGAAGUAACGAGCUGUCAGAGCCAACUGCUAUGCUUUUCUCCCAAGUCCUUGCUCAGAACAGCACACUGACUAGUAUCAAUUUCUCAUGCAACCACAUAGGGCUGGAUGGUGGCAAGCAGCUGCUUCAAGGGCUCAUGGAUAACAAGAUUUUGACUGAGUUUGACCUCCGCCUGGCAGAGGUGGGCCAGGAGAGUGAAUAUCUCAUCAACCAAAUUCUGCGGGCCAACCAGGAAAGAGCCCGGCUGAGAUCUCUGCAGUAUCCAUCAGUCAAACCCCUCUGAAGAAAAAUCUCCAGAAAUCAAUGGGCUUUUCAGGUACCGGUAGUCUACUGUGUAAGAUUGGGCACGAAAUACCUCCCCUUUCUGAGUGCUGUGGCAAACAUGGCUCCCUGCUGGAGGUGAGCAGGAGGGAAGCAUAGGAGGCACUUGGUGACUGUAAUCCAGACCAGACCAGCACACAGACCACAGAGAAGGGGCUCUACGGCUUCAUCAGACAUUAUCCCGUCUUCCCACCCAGCUCCCACAUUCUGCUGUCCCACAGACUUCAAAUCAUCCCAUGGUACCUUGGUGCUGGAAAUUCCAGCUCUCCCCUUACAGGCAGAAUUGCCUGGAGCUGCAGGAAAAGGUCGUCUGUUAGAAAACAUUGUACAUCCACUGGGGGUGGUAGUGGCUUUAACUGGCCAUGGUUUGUGUGCAGGAAGGUAUUCAGCCUCUGAAAUGUCACCAACACAUGUUGGUGACAGGAGCAAAGACACUCACCUGCCCA